AUUUGUGAAAAUCUGGCAGCCCUGAACGAACGUAUUUUGACGUUUCGCUUCAUGCCGGCGAGCACAUGUUUGAUGCCAAGUAAACAUCGUGGCUCCGUGGCUGGUUACGGUUUGUUUUAGAAAAAAAGCCACAUUUUACAUUAAAAGUGCCGUGGUUGAACUUCCAUCAAUUAAUUGUCAACCUGCGACCAGCUGCGUGUCAACAGUUGUGAAUCGAUAAAGGCACCAAUCAACUGGCAGCAUGCAGCAGGACGAGAUCACCUGGAGCAUCAUUAACAAUCAGUUCUGCUCGUUCAAAGUGAAAACACAUACGCAAAACUUUUGCCGCAAUGAGUACAACCUGACCGGGUUCUGUUCGCGGCAUUCGUGCCCGAUCGCGAACAGUCAGUACGCGACCGUCCGGGAGGAUAAUGGCAUCAUCUAUCUGUACAUGAAGACGGCCGAACGGAAUGCGUUUCCCUCGAAGCACUGGGAAAAGGUGAAGCUGUCCCGCAACUUCGACAAAGCAGUGUACCAGAUCAAGGAGAACCUGCUGUACUGGGACCGUUGGAUACAGACCAAGUGCAAGCAGCGCUUCAUCAAGAUCACGCAGUACCUGAUCCGGAUGCGUAAGCUGAAACUGCGCCGGCAGAAAAUGUUGGUCCCGCUGGCGACGAAGAUCGAGCGGCGGGAACGACGCCGGGAGGAGAAGGCACUGGUGGCGGCCCGCAUCGAUAACGCGAUCCAGAAGGAGCUGAUGGAGCGGUUGAAGAUGGGCAUGUACGAGGACAUUUAUAACUUCCCGCAGACCGCGUUCGACCGGGCACUGGACGCGGAGGAGGUGGAGGAAGAGGAGGAGAUGGAUGAGGAGGAGCGGGAGCUGGAGCAGGAGGAGGAGGAGCGGGAGCUGAGUAAGGUGAAGCAGGUGAGCGAAAGUAUGCGGCGCGAGCUCGAGAUGGCGGAUGAGUUUGUCGAGGGCGAAACGGAUGACGAUGACGACGACGAAUCGGAUGCGGAUAGCAGAUCGGGCGAGGUGGAACGUACCGAGGUGGACAGCGACUUCGAGUCGGAUGGCGGAUCGGAAAUGGAGGACUAUGUGCCGAACGUAUCCCUGCGGCCACCGAAAUCUGACGACGAGGAAACGACCGCUGCAGCACCCUCGAAAACUCUAGACGCACCGUCGGCGAAGAAGAAGCUGCGCAAAGCCCGCAAACCGAAGCUCGAGUUCGAGUAUGAAGUGGAAGCUGAACAACCGGCGCGGCGUAGCAUACAUCAGUGAGGUUGGUUUGCUUCUUUUUUUUUUUCUGCCGUUGGUGACUGGUUCGGGAAGGUCAAUUUCUUGUACAGAAAGUCUCGGCGUGCCGCUCAUCCAGGAGUGUUGCUAUUUCUACCGGGUUUUUUUUUUCAUAUUGUGUCCCGUUUUUAAUGGCGCUACUAGGUUUAUUGCGGGCGAGAGAGUGAGAGAGAGAGAGAGAGAGAGAUUGUAAUAAGGGUACAGUACCGGGGGUUAAGUGUAUAUUUUUGAUAUUCUUUUCUUGAUUCCAAGAGUUCUGUCUUUCUUUAAUCCUGCAUCCUAUACAUGCAUUUGUUGCAAAAAGUUAUAAAAAUGCCUCGUUCUGUAUACCUCACUCUAUUCUACGCCAAUAAAUCUGUAGCGUCAGCAUUUGAAUACCCUAAUUCGUAUUCCGAAAGUCCAUGGUUUGGCAAAUAAAAAACGAACAAUUGUAUCAUUUCACACAAGAACUUCAUUUACCAGUUUGCCUUAAUUUCGCGCUAUAUAGCUCUAGACGUCCGGUGGUAGAGGCGACAACGGCGCCGGUCUUCAUACGGCCCGGACCGGGGUUCAAAUCUCAUCCGGACCGUUCCCAAGCUAGUAAGCCCCAGAAGUGGCAGGCAUGACAUCAGAGAGUUCGUUAGGCCAAGAAAGAAGAAGAAUAAGCUCUACACAGCAAUCUGGGGGUAAUGACGUUACAGCAGAUGUGUAAUAAACCAUUAUCGUAAAGAUUCUGAGAUAUUCA